UUGUCCAAAAUAUCGCUAUAAUCCUGCCAUUAGGAUGUAUUCGUUCAUACAGCCAUAUAUAAUACUCACCGUUUUGCUGCUUUUCCAUACACAAUUCAUCAGCGCUCGUCCGCUAACCAUGGAUGGAGAUACAGAAACGCCUGUGGUGCCAUUGCGCAGUGGACGCUAUGUGCCCGAACUGCAUGGCGCUGAUCGUGGCAAGUAUGUGCCGGACGAAAGUGGCAAAUAUCAUCAUGUGUUUUUGCCCUAUGACGGUGGCUAUGGAGAUCGUGGAGAGUUGUAUGUACACGAUGACCGCGGCCUGCCACCGCCAUCACCAACACGUCGCGGUGCCUUCAACUUGGGACCAAAGGAUCAUCUUCGUUUUGCUAUAGAUUUCAAUUAUGAUGGCAGUGGUUGGGAAAUUCUGCAGUUGGAAUGGAUAAAUGAUGAUGAUGAAAAAAUGCGUUACAACUACAAGCAUCAGAAUCGAUUGUGGUCUGAAGAAGGCGACGCGUCGACCUCCGCGCGUUCCGAUGGUGAGGCAGCUGAAGAGGCUGAGAAUAAUACUAAUGUGCAUGUAUCUGGCGAAUACCAGGGGGACAUUUACAAUGUGAACUACUCAAAUGAUAACACACUAAAUGCACCGAGUCAAACCAACAUACAAGCGACUAUUGGUGAAGUACUCGACUAUAUACAAACGAAUGUAUUGCCAACGCUCAAAUAAUGCUGGAACUUCUUUCCAUGGCUUUUUAAGUGCUUACGAUUUUUUUUUUAAUCAAAAAUACUAA